CGGAACCCUGCGUACUGCGUCGUCUGCGUGCGUUUGUCAGACAAGCGGAACUGUCAAUCUGUCACUCAGAACUCUGUGACUGAACUUUAGUGCUAGCUAGUGCUAUCAAAUCGUCUGAUUGCAACCUACUGCGCCUACUAGUCGGUUAGGUUACUUAAUGCUCGGUUUGAAAGGGGUGAUUUGUUUACAUCAGGGCUCCAUUAAAUGAAUGAUAUUUGGUGCUGUAUCUCUUUUUUUCGGGUGUCAAAAUAAAAAAUAAAAAAAAAAAAAAAAAAUAUUUUUUUGGUGUCAAAAGGUCCGGGGCUGGACGAAAAACCUCCGAGGCUUCAGCCCCGGAUGCCCACCCCUAGCGACGCCACUGGUACAUUCACAUCUGCAACCAGGGGCUUUCCCCCCAAUCUAUAAACGAAUCAGACACUCAUAACUAAAGAGAAAUCUGCGUCGGCAGAUCAACCUGAUCGACAGAGUUAGUGUAGUUAAUGAAUUCCCCAGGUUGAUUACCAUGGCAAACAUACAGAAAACCCCAGAGCAAAAUGUAUAAAAGGAGAGUCAAUGUUCCUCUGGUGUAAAAAUGACACCAUGCAGGUUGAACAAACUAGAGGACACCAUUUCCCUCAUUCUCUGAUUAGGUGAUUGUGGGAAAGGAAAACAAGAAAAAAGCAGAGCACAGACACAAAAUCAGAGUUAAAACCAUUAGCAAUGAACUCCACGAAUUCCACCUUCUCUCUAAAUGCAGAUUUAGUGCAUCCCCCAUUUUUUUUCAUCAAUGGUUUGAGUAUGCCCCAUGCCAAAUACUACUAUGUUUUUUUGUGUUUCGUUUUUGUGGUCUCUGUGUUGGGGAACUCCUUUGUCAUGUUUAGUAUAUACAAAGAGCGCAGUUUUCACACCCCAAAGUAUAUGGCUGUUUUUAAUUUGUCUCUAGCUGACUUGGGUGAAAGCACUGCUCUUAUUCCAAAUUUAAUUGCAAUGUUUCUUUUUGAUUCACAAUACAUCUCCUUUGACGCUUGCAUGGCAAACAUGUUUUUUGUGUAUUUUUUUACCUGCUUACAGUCUCUCACUCUUGCCGUUCUGGCCUAUGAUAGAUUGGUGGCAAUAUGCUUGCCACUGAGAUACCAUGCCAUCAUCACAAUGCCAGCAAUGACUGUGAUAUUAACAGUGGUGUGGGCAUAUGAUUCAGUUUUACUGAUUUUAAUGGUGUUGUUGGUUAGUACCAGGUUGUCCUUUUGUAAAUCCAUUGUGGUAAAAAGCUUCUUCUGUGAUCAUGGGCCAACAGCCGCUUUGGCAUGCAAUGACUAUAAUGUUAAUCGCAACUUUGCAAUUGUCGUCAUAGUAUUAUUAUUUUAUGUACCCUUUAUUUUUACGGUACUGUCAUAUGUGUUCAUUGCUCGUGCACUGUUUAAAAUAGCUUCAUGGGAAGGGAGACUUAAAGCCAUGAAGACUUGCUCUGCACACCUAAUUCUGGUGGCUGUGUAUUAUCUUCCAAUACUGUACACCUAUGUUUCUGCAUUAGCUUCUACCAUUCACCCUAACGUCAGGAUCAUGAGUACAUCGUUUGCAAAGGCCAUUAUCCCCAUGAUGAACCCAAUCAUUUAUGUGCUGAGCACAGAAGAAGUUAAGGAAUUCUCAAAAAAACUUUUCAAAAGAAAAACAAGUAACCACAACAGAAAUAUUUUUAAAAAUAAAAAUAAGGGAAUGAAUUGAUAUUCCAGGAACUGUAUUACUGUAACUCUGCAAUCUGUGAAAUCAGAAAUAGAGACAAGAAUUUCUUACCCUCUUUU